AAUUUUCUGUAAACAAAUUUUCGAUGUCUUUUAUUUUCAAAGUAUUUGUCUGAGAAAACAAAAACCAACCUUCUCACUGUUUAGAGAAAGAGAGCAAGCAGCAGGCAGUGUGCAGUGAGGGACGUAUACGUACAUGCUUUGUGUAUGUAUAUGCAGAGAGAGAAAGUAGAAGCUAAUUGCACUGUUUGAUCUCCAUUUCAAGAAUUACUUCACAUUACAAAGGAUUUCCAUCCUUUGGAACAUGGUUUGGUUAUGCGAGGGACUGGGUUGCUCGAUAAGUGAGCAUGGUUACACGGAAGUGAAGUCUGGAAAGAUUUUUGUUUGGACGAGCUAGGCAGUAGAUUUAACACUGUUAACAGUUUUCCGUAGGUCAUCAAUUGCUCGUUUAUUUCUGCGUUUCCUCUUUGGGCGCAGUACCUAUAACUUGCCUUAGCACAAAUUUGGGUCAGCAGUUGAAGCUUGUGGAUGUAAAGAUGUUGCAACGCCAAAUUAUGUUCAAACAGCUCCAGGAGAUGCAGCGAAGGCAGCAGCUUCAGGAACUUGGUGGUGCUAGUAAUCAUGAUUAUGUGGAUCAACUGACGUCUUCAAAGAAACCUUCAGCGGUUCAGCUUUCAUCUACAGUAAACAGGGCACCUAUUCGUGAUCCACGAAUGCUAAUGUAUGAUAAUAUGCAAAUGGUACAGCAAGGCGAAUCCGGCAUUUUUCAAGGGUUCCCUAGUGGAUUGGUUCCUUCACAAGGCAUGUCGCCUCCACAAUUUGACAUGUCUAUAUAUGGUAAUCCCGGUCCAAAUGCUGAUAUGAAUUUAAAUCAAUAUCCUUAUGCCCAAGAUCCAUCUAACUUUUCUGCUAAUCUGUCGACCAAGAGUAAUAGCAUCCCUUUAGGCAUGUCUCCUGUGCAUCCAUCCGCCACAGCUAGUUCAUUUAUGAAUCUGCAAGGGAGUUUCUCUGCUGACCAGAGCACCGUGUCAGAUGGCUCAUUGUUAUCAUGUCAAGUGUUUCAGGAGAAGAAUUUGUUUGGGCAAGUUCCUUUUCACAAUUCUAGUAGCAACCCUUUUCCUGUGAACUAUUCCCCACAAGGAAUCACAACACAGAGGAGUACAACUGAGGGGAGGCUUGAAGUUGAAGAUACGGGUUGGCCUGCUUAUUCUCCAGGAGAGGUAUCGAAAGUUGACAUGUCUGAGGCUUCUGCUACUCUGGAUCCAUUGGAACAAAAGAUAUUGUACGGUUCGGAUGACCGUGGCUGGUUAUCAUCAUUUGGCGCUAGUGACGAAAAGGGUGCUGGAGAUUUUGAGUGUACAGUGGAGAACCCAUCAUUUGGAGAUACAUUGCCGUCUAUUCAAUGCGGUAGCUGGAGUGCUCUGAUGCAGUCUGCUGUGACUGAAACUUCUAGCAGUGAUACUGUAGUGCAAGAGGAGUGGAGUGAGUUGAGCUUCCAGAAUCCAGAACCAUCAAGCGAUAAUCAGCCCUCGAAUCUCAGUAAUGGCGAAAAUCUGCAAGAUAAUUGGGUCGAUAGAAACUUACAGAAUGUCUCCUCUCCAAGCUCAGAGCCCGAGCAAUUGUUCCCUAGGCUGGAUAUGAAGGGUAGUUUCCCCGGUUUUCAGCACUCUGGAAAGCAAUUUCGUAAACAGAAAGAUGAAUCUCAAUGUGAGAGCUCCCACAUCUCAGGCCAGUGCUCGACUGACUAUAACUCUCAGCUGAAGCAUCCUACAGGAAGGAAUCAGCUGGUUCAAACUUCUUUCCUUUCAGAAAAUACUCGAACUCCUCGAUAUGAGGAGAAUUCGAAAACUGGUCAUGAAUUGCAGGACACCUUAUGGCAUUCAAAUCCCGUGUCUGGUGGUUUUCAAAUGCCCUUCGGUCAGUUGAACCAGCCCAACUACAAUAGAUAUUCGGUAGAGUCAGAGAAGAUGGGUCCUAAAGAUAAUGUUGACCCCUUAUCAGUAGGUGCUUCAGAUCUUUAUAGUCAAAAUACGGCUGCUCAAAGCAUUCUUACUAAUUCACAAGAAUUUGGCUUUAGACUGGGGCCUGCAGAUUCAAGACCUCCACAGUCGUACUCACUUUUUCCAUCUUCGCCGAUGGGGAACUUAAAUGUCAAAUCUCUUCCAAAUAGUUACGAGAAGGAUUAUAUCAAGAAUCAACAUCCCACUCCAUCAGUACCAAGUUUCAUGUCAAGAAUCAACGCCUCUCCCUCUGGUCCUAGAUUCUCCCUUUCGGAGAAUGUUGCAGUCACUCAACCAUCUGGAACAUCAGUUUCGUCUCAGCGUGCUGGAUUUCUAACAGGGUUUCCGUCUCCUGGGGCAGAUGUUACCACUCAGCAAGACACGUCUUCUCCAAGAGCCAACAAGUUCUCGUCCAGUUUGUUUCGUACCCCUGGUUCAGCUUCUAGCAGUUUGGAGACUACUUCCCGUGCUCCAGAGCAAUCCAGUCUCGACUGGUCAAAACACAAAUAUAAUGUAGGAUAUGAUGAACAGAAGAAAGCAAGUUUCCUCCCCGAAAGCUCAACCGAGAUACACAAUCCAACUCCACUAAGCAGCAACACUGAUUCAAAACAGUCUUUGAGAAAAUACUCAGAAGUAGACGGAGUGGCAUCUGGUUCAUAUAUGAGGCAUACAUCUCCUCAGCCCUAUGAUCAAGUAGAGAAGAAAGACAUUGAAUCACCGAUUUUCUCAAUUAGUGACAGCAGAGCCUUUGGCCAUCCUUUGCAGAAAAAUUUAUCCCUGCUCCACCAAUUUCAUAGGCCCAGUCCCAGAGAUGGUCAAACAGACCCUGGUAAGAGGUUUCCGUUUAAUUAUCAGUCGACAACUGCCAAUUCUAGAGAGCUAUUGUUGAGUGGGCUGAGUGUUUCCGUCAAAGAUAAAGCUGUUGCAUUUUCACCUGGUAAUGUUAUGGGGACCUUCACAAAAGAGGCUGAUGAUCAGCCAGCAAAAGCUUCAUCGACAGAUUACCUUCGGAGCUCCCAACAGACGGAGAUGAUUCGUCAAAAUGAAUCCCAGGGUCAGUCCAUCGACAAGGAAGCUUCGGCCGUAGCAUAUCAAUCCCAGAUCAGUUUGCAAAUGGCACCAUCCUGGAUUAAGCAACAUGGAAACUUGAAGAAUUUCGAGGCCAUACCAGCAUAUAACCAGAAAGCUGCAACUACUGCAAUGCCACCAUUCUCUGAAUUAAGUACUGGUAAUUUACCAGAAAAUAGAUUGGAUUUGCAGGUUGAUUCUACCAACGCUGCUCAAGGAAGUGGUACUAGGCCAUCUUCAGCUGGCACCUUGAUAGCGAGUAAACCUUUAUCACCGCCUAGUAUGUUGCCUUCGGAUCUCAGUUACCAGCAUUUGUCUGUUUCAAAACUGGGGAAACGUAAAAUUGUUGCAUUGGACUUGGAACCAUGGCACAAAGAAGUAAAUUCUGAAGCACCGAGGCCUCAAAACAUCAGCAUGGCUGAGUUUGAAUGGGCACAAGCUUUAAAUAGAAGGCAAGAAGAGGCGAGAAAUGAAGCUGACAUUGUUGCUAAUGUGCUCCCUGUGGUACGAGCAAAAAGACGACUUAUCGUUACGACACAGCUUAUGCAGCAAGUCUUCAGACCUGCAGUAAAAGGUAUUAUCUUUGGAGAUGCCAGUUCAAACUGUGAUUAUUUGGCGUAUUCCGCUGCAAGAACCACACUAGGAGACGCAUGCAACCUGAAUAGUAAAACGCCAUCAGAUAGCAAUGACGUGUCACCCGACAAGUUAAACACUUCGAAGAGAACCAUUCCGUCCGAUUUCUCAAAAAUCGUCGAAUGCUUAAUUAGUCAGGCAGAGAAGCUUGAAGGUGAUCUGUCAAGACUUGAUCGAAGUUUAUCAGUAGUGGACAUCAAAGUGGAAAGCCAGGAGCUUGAAAAGUUUUCUACACUCAACCGUUUUGCAAAGUUCCACUUCAAGGCGCACGUUGAUCCUACAUCGUCUUCUGGCCCAUCAACCGUGCAGAAAACCACCCCCCAGCGAUAUGUCACAGCAUCUCCGAUGCCUAAAAUAUUACCAGAAGAUACAGAAUGUAUUUCCUUGUGAUUGUAGAACUUGAUCUACCAUUUUCUCCUUCACGACUAGUCUGCAGUACGUGUAUCCGGUGUUCCUUUUUUCGUUUCCACGACACAUGAAAAAUCGGCAUGGGAGAUGAGAUUAAUGCAAGUGAGGUUAGUGAUCUUCUUGAAUUAGAAGGAACCUUUCUUUUUUCCAUUAUAGAGGCAGGAUAUAUAUCAGUGAAGUUUUAAUCUUAUUAAUCAUGCCAUUUGUUUUUGAGUUGAUCUUUCACUUUUGGGAAGCAUACUACUAAAUAAUGUAUUACAGAUUUGCUAUAGCAGAUGAUUUUAGAGACAUACAAGAGAUUUCUAAACAUUAAAGAUAUCUAUGGUUAGAAUAUUUGAGGCAAAA